CACUGGGGGGGAAAUUCAUUUCUCUACAGCACUGUGUUACUCCAAGCUUUCUAAGACGAUGUGGAAAUCACAGUCACAUGCACACACAUACACAUGUGCAUGUCUGCGCACACACACACACACACAGGCUCACGCUUGUUUUUUUUUACUUUUUUUUUUAUAAAUCUUCACUGAGCACUGUUCAGCUAUUGGUCAGCCUCCUUCCUGUGAGAGUUUCCUCAUGCACAUUGUGUCAUGGUAGAAACUAAUUUAUACACACUGUUGUACACACAACCAACAGGCUUGCGUCACUUUUUUUUUGUUUCCUGUUUCCCCAGCUGUUCUAUCCUUUUCCUCCUCUCUUUCUCUGCCCUCCUCAGUCCAUUCCAGCUCUGCACUUUCAUCUGUGUGGGUGUGAUUGUGUUUUUUGGGUUGACAUGUGUUGUUCGGUUGGUUUUGCCCGGUCCUUGGGCCUGGCUCUUCUGCCCCUGGCCCUCUGCUGUAUCCUGGCCAACCUGUUGCUGCUGUUUCCGAUGGGAGACAUCCGCCACAUUCAGCAGGGUCGCUUGGCCAUCUACACCUGGUACUUUGGUGGACUUGGAGGUGGGGGGCUUUUGAUGCUGAUUCCUACUGUGGUGUUUAUUACUCUGGGGAGAUGCAGCUGCUGUUGGAACGAGAGCUUAAUGAUGUGUGGGUCAGUGCUGGCAGCUGUCAUCGGGCUCGUGGGGUCUGGAUACUGUUUCAUCGUUUCAGGGUUUGCCUUGUUGCAGGGUCCCCACUGUUUCACCUCGUUUGGAUGGACAAAUCCCUUUGCAGACCAGGGCGGCAGGUAUCUUUUGCAGCCAGAGACUUGGGCACGGUGUCUCCAACCACUUCAUAUUGUAGAGUGGAAUGUCACUUUGCUGUGUGUCUUACUGGGACUUGCUGUCCUGGAGUUCAUCAUUUGUCUCCUACAGCUGGGAAAUGGUUUAGUCAACGCUAUCUGCCGACCCUGCUGCUAUAAACAGGAGUAUAGUCUUAAUGCUUAGAUUGGCACACAUGUACCUGUAUGUACACUCGACUACACUUGUAUUAAAAAACUUAUAUUCACAUACUUUCAUGGACAACAUAUAUAAACACAAACAGUUCAAUAAUGGGCACAAGCACAUGUGAAAGUCUGUUCACAUAGACCCAUCACACCGUCAUGGAUUUGCAUGUAAGCACAGUACAAACUUUCUACUAAAACACAUAAAAAUGUGCUAUCAUGAAUAUGUGACAACAAUGUUAGAAGUUAUCAGACACCAAUGUCUUAAACAUAGGCCAUAGAGGCUCCUCUCUCACUUUAUUAAUUUGUUAUAUGGUUUACUUUGGUGUACUUUGUACAGUAUCCUUACAACUCUAGCUACACUACCAACACAAUGGAGAAACCUCAAUCAGUCAUUUCACCAGCACAUGGUAUCAAGUUAUUGAUAUAUAACUGUUAACUGCAAAAAAACAAAAAAAAACAAAAAAAAAAACAAAAAAAAAACA